CCCUGUUCAAUGACUGAGUGUGUGGGGCAAUUUGCAUAUUUCUGUGAAGAACCACCAGGAAGCUGAACAGCCUGCUUCAGACUUAGAGAAAGCAGAGGUCCAGGGUUGCUCCCUGAAAUCUGGGUCUGGGAAUGGCCACAUGGGACAGGCCAAGCCGGAGGCAGCCUCAAGCAGCUGAGCCAGCUGCAGAAGGGGAACCAAAUCCGCCCACAGGUCGGGAGUUGACUGAGGCCAACCGCUUCGCCUAUGCCGCCCUCUGUGGUAUCUCCUUGUCCCAGCUAUUUCCAGAACCUGAGCAAAGCUCUUUCUGCACAGAGUUCGUGACGGGCCUGGUGAAGUGGCUGGAGCUCUCCGAAGCUGUCUUGCCAACCAUGACUGCUUUUGCCAGUGGCCUGGGAGGCGAAGGCGCAGACAUGUUUGCUCAGAUUUUAUUGAAGGACCCCGUCUUGAAGGAAGACCCAUCGGUGAUCACUCAGGACCUGCUGAGCUUCUCACUCAAGGAUGGGCGCUAUGAUGCCCGGGCCAGAGUCCUCGUCUGCCACAUGACCUCCCUGCUCCAGGUCUCCUUGGAGGAGCUGGAUUUCCUUGAAGAGACAUUCCUUGAGAGCCUGAAGGAAAUCAAAGAGGAGGAGUCAGAAAUGGCUGAAGCAUCCCGGAAGAAGAAAGAAAACCGCAGGAAAUGGAAGCGUUAUCUCCUGAUAGGCCUGGCGACCGUAGGAGGCGGAACAGUGAUUGGUGUGACUGGGGGGCUAGCUGCCCCCCUCGUAGCUGCCGGAGCCGCGACCAUCAUCGGCAGCGCGGGGGCGGCGGCGCUGGGCUCCGUGGCCGGCAUAGCUGUCAUGACCUCCCUGUUCGGUGCAGCUGGAGCUGGCCUGACAGGUUACAAGAUGAAGAAGCGGGUGGGGGCCAUUGAAGAGUUCACAUUCCUGCCCCUGACGGAGGGCAAGCAGCUGCACAUUACCAUCGCUGUCACCGGGUGGCUCGCGUCUGGCAAAUACCGUACCUUCAAUGCCCCGUGGGCAGUGUUGGCCCGAAGCCGUGAGCAGUACUGCCUGGCCUGGGAGGCCAAGUACCUGAUGGAGCUCGGCAAUGCCCUGGAGACCAUUCUCAGUGGCCUUGCCAACAUGGUGGCCCAGGAGGCCCUGAAGUACACAGUGCUCUCUGGCAUCGUGGCUGCCCUGACCUUGCCAGCCUCGCUGCUCAGCGUGGCCAACGUCAUCGACAACCCCUGGGGUGUGUGUCUCCACCGCUCAGCAGAGGUCGGCAAGCACCUGGCCCACAUCCUGCUCUCGCGGCAGCAGGGCCAGCGACCUGUCACCUUGAUUGGCUUCAGCUUGGGAGCCAGAGUCAUCUACUUCUGUCUGCAAGAGAUGGCUCAGGAGAAAGAUUGCCAAGGGGUCAUCGAGGACGUCGUCUUGCUGGGUGCGCCCGUGGAAGGAGACGCCAAGCACUGGGAGCCUUUCCGGAAGGUGGUGUCCGGAAGGAUCGUCAACGGCUACUGCAGGGGAGACUGGCUGCUGAGCUUCGUGUACCGCACAUCCUCCGCUCAGCUCCGUGUCGCUGGCCUGCAGCCUGUGCAGCUGCAGGACAGGAGGGUGGAGAACGUGGACUUGUCCUCAGUGGUCAGCGGCCACUUGGACUAUGCCAAGCAGAUGGAUGUCAUCCUGAGGGCCGUGGGCAUCCGCACCAAGCCAGGCUGGGACGAGAAGGGCCUCUUGCUGGCGCCAGGCAGCCUGUCACAAGAGGAGCCUCACCAGGCAGCAGCCACCUCCUCCUCAAGCGAGACCACCCACCAGGAUGGGCCAGCCCAGGGUCCUGCACCCAAAGACACCCCCAGAGUGGCCAUGUCUACUGACCCCAGCCAAGCCCAGGUACCAGCAGGACUGGACCAAUCUGAAGGGGCUUGCCUUCCUGCUGCAGCCAGCCCUGCUGAGAGCACCCCUGUCUGCAGCCAUGGCAUGGGCCCCAACCCACUGGGCUGCCCCGACUGUGCCAGCCAGAUCCAGGGGCCUGGCCCCAGACUGAACUGACCCUGGCGGUGGCCUGUGCCAUCUUCCUGGGUUUCUGUGUGCAGCUCUCUCGCACCACCACCCUCCCCCUCCCGGCUGCCCACGCAAGCUCUGCUGGUGUGGAAUGUCCACACGUGUCUUUCCUAAGCUGAAGGAAUUGGAAUUGAAAGAAAAAGGAACUGGAAGGAAAGGAAUGCAUGGAAGAUGACAUUCCCUCCCUGGGGAAGCAAAGCCAGAGACCUGCAAAGUUAGCCAAGCACGGCUCGGAGUCUCGAGACUCUGUGCCAGCCAUGGGCUUCCUGUGUUUCAGGUCAUCACUGCGGGGUUUGGCUGGCCAUCUGGAGGCCUGGAGAGCUCGGCCUGCAGCUCCCGCACUGUCUCUGCCCUGGCCUCGGCACUGCCUGGUGUCCACCUGCCCUUCCAGCCACACAGAGGACUGCCUGCCAGCCCUCAGGUACCACCCCCGGCAGCUGCUGAGGGUGCAGAGGUACAGCUUACUCUCCCUCCUCUUCGGAGAUGCCAUCAGAGCUGCCCUGUAGAGCCAUGCAGGCGGUGCACUGCGCUACCGAGUGUCAGUCACCCAGACACAGAGUGACACGGUGUGAGGUUGUGCACCUCGGUGGCUCUGGAUAGCGUCGUUCCCGAGCGUGGUGAAUACAUGCUGAGUCAGCAUUCAGUGUGGCUGGGACCUGGGCCUGGCGACGGGGACAAAUUGUACAGCGAGAGGACUUCCUGUAGCGGAAAUGGGAGGUUAUAGCAAUAACCACCAACAGCAGUGAUAGAAGCAGCUGCCACUCACUGCGUGUUUACCAUGUACGAAGUUCUUACCACGGUGACCUUCGCACGGUGUGAAGUAGGUACAGUCCUGAGAAAUGUGUCAUUCACACUGAGGCCACGCGGCAUAGCCUUGUGCUCCUGUGGGACCACUGUCGGCUAUGGUCUGCCGUUGGCCCAAAUGUCGUCAUAUGGCGCGUGACUGUGCUGUCAUCUUCAUUUUACCCUUGGGGACAUUGGGGCCCAGAGAGAUGAGGUGGCUGGCUGCAGGUUUUGCAGCUGGCCAGCAGUGGACCCAGGUUUUUACCCAGAGCCAGCUCUCAGCCACUGGGCCUGCACCCUCUUUGUCCCUCCCACUGCCCUUGAGGGACAGCUGCCCCAUCGAGCAGAUGAGGAGGCCAUGCCCAGGCAGAGGAAGCACUGGUCGGCUCUGGGGCAGGUGGGAGGAGGGCAGGAGAAAUUGGUCAUAAAUACAGGAGCCGCAUGGCUGUUCAGG